GAAUGUGGGUCUUCUUCUCCUGAAAACUUUGCACAUCGUACAGGCUCUACCGUAGUCCGCAAGGCUCCAUGACACGUUUGACUCUUGCGCAAGAGCUGGCCCAGCUUGAAGAGGUUGCACCAACCGAUUUCGACCCAGAGGAUGUUCAGGUGACGGGUGCCGACCCAGAAGAUGUUCUUCCAGUUUCAUCUGAAGCACGGGAACACUAUGUGGAUGUCGCACCCUCUGCGAUACGAAAACUUCAGGAUAGCAUCGCCGAUCCAAAGUACAAAGGCGCAAAAAUUUCACGAAAGCAGCUCAUGGAUGCGGAAGACGAAUCCGAGAUCGGUAGCUCAGAGGAUGGCGAGGAUGAUGAUGAUAUCCAACAUUUCGAUGAAGACCACGAUGAUCCCUCUGACUCCAACUCAGAGGAGUCGGAAAAUGAUGUGGACGAGUUUCACCGUGAUGUCUCACCAUCCAUAUCUGACACUAAGGAGACAGAACCUCCGGAGGAGCUGUCCGUGACUCUACGCAAAACUAGAGACGAAGACCGUAAAAAAGGGAAAGCUGUUUCCCGUCAACUUGCACUCUGGGACAAUUUGCUCGAUGCUCGCAUCCGUCUUCAAAAAAGUGUUGGUGCUGCAAGCUGUUUUCCUCAGCCCAAUCAGCUUUCCCGGUACACGACCUUAGAAUGUGUCCAUGAUUCAUUGAAUAAAAUGUUAGAAGAAUCUAUGUUACUCUCCGAUGAACUCUUUGGCCUUCAAGAGGAUUUGCUUCUUAUGAACGACUCGGUACAUGCUCCGCCUCGAAAAAAGCGGAAGAUCGACGGAACCGAUGAUGAGAGUCUCGCAAGCCAAUUUAGGGACGCAACCGAAGCUGCUUCAGCCAUAGAACAGGCUUAUCAUCCACAUCUCGUGAAGACCCUCAAUAAGUGGUCAUCUAAAGUGCAAGCCGUCGCGCCAUCCGUCCUGCUCCCAUCGAACCGGAAUGCAUUCAACAAGGGAUCUUCUCAUAUCAAAUCCGCUACCCAGCUAAUUGAUGAAACCCUCUCAGAACAUGGGAAAGUUCUUGCCCGCAGUCGGAUCUACAGAGGCAAAGGCACGCGAUUGGGUAUCGUUUGCGAAAAAGAUGACAGCGCAGAGAAGGAAGACCCAGAGGUGUUUGACGAUACGGACUUUUACCAACAGCUACUGAGGGAUGUUAUUGAUGCACGGAGAAGUGGAGAGAGUGGAGCUGACGAUUGGAUGGCGGUCCAAAAACAGAAGAAGGCGAGAAAGAAAGUAGAUACUAAAGCAAGCAAAGGUAGAAAGCUCCGCUAUGAGAUUCACGAAAAAAUGCAGAACUUCAUGGUCCCUGUUCCAGUCCAAGGAAGCUGGCACGACGAACAAGUCGACGAGCUGUUUUCUUCGCUAUUGGGCAAAGGAUUUCAAGAAUCUAUUCGGCUAGUUGAUGAUGUUGAUAUGGUUGAAAGCACAGAAACACGAGUAGAUGAGGCCCUGAAAGAAGGUUUUAGAGUGUUUGGAUGAGUUCUUUUGAAUAAAAUGUGUUGCUUGUGUAUCUCCAGCCAAUUCCAGUCCUCAUUAUGAUUCUAAUACUUUGUUUUUGGAGGUCGCGAGUC